GCGGACAUGACGGCUUCCGGGAUUCGGUGUGGUCUUUGUCUCGCUGCAGCGGGUGAUCCAGGGACCAUUGACAUUUAUGGAUGUGGCCAUAGAAUUCUCUUUGGAGGAGUGGCAAUGCCUGGACACUGCACAGCAGAAUUUAUAUAGGCAUGUGAUGUUAGAGAACUACAGAAACCUGGUUUUCUUGGGUAUUGCUAUCUCUAAGCCAGACCUGAUUACCUGUCUGGAGCAAGGAAAAGAGCCCUGGAAUAUGAAGAGACAUGAGAUGGUGGUAGCCAAACAUUCAGCUGUAGCAUUUACCUUUGAUCUCAGUGGACUCAACAUUUUGUCAUUCCAAAGUAUACUGCCAUUUGUUUCAGCACUUUAUGUCAUGGGAAACAGAAACCAGUGUCUGCAAAAGCACCUAGAAGCCGGAAAUAAAGAUCUCUGUGUUCUCAUUUUGCCCAAGACCUUUGGCUAGAGCAGAACAUAAAAGACUCUUUCCAAAAAGUGACACUGAGCAGAUAUGGAAAAUAUGGACAUAAGAAUUUACAGUUAAGAAAUGGCUGUAAAAGUGUGGAUGAGUGUAAGGGACACCAAGGAGGUUAUAAUGGACUUAACCAAUGUUUGAAAACUACCUCGAGCAAAAUAUUUCAAUGUAAUAAAUAUGUAAAAGUCAUGCAUAAAUUUUCAAAUUCAAAUAGACACAAGAUAAGACAUACUGAAAAUAAACAUUUCAGAUGUAAAGAAUGUGACAAAUCACUUUGCAUGCUUUCACGCCUAACUCAACAUAAAAGAAUUCAUACUAGAGAGAAUUUCUACAAAUGUGAAGAAUGUGGAAAAACCUUUAACUGGUCCACAAACCUUUCUAAACCUAAGAAAAUUCAUACUGGAGAAAAACCCUACAAAUGUGAAGUAUGUGGAAAAGCCUUUCACCAAUCCUCAAUCCUUGCUAAACAUAAGAUAAUUCGUACUGGAGAAAAACCCUAUAAAUGUGCACACUGGCAAAGCCUUUAACCAGUCCUCACACCUUACUAGACAUAAUUCAUACUGAAGAGAAAGCCUAAAAAUGUGAACAAUGUGGCAAGGUCUUUAAGCAGUCCCCAACCCUUACUAAACAUCAGAUAAUUUAUACUGGAGAGGAACCAUACAAAUGUGAGGAAUGUGGCAAAACUUUUAACCUAUCUUAACAACUUACUGAACAUAAGAAAAUUUAUACUAGAGAGAAAGCCUACAAAUGUGAAGAAUGUGGCAAAGCCUUUAACCAGUUUUCAACCCUUACUACACAAGAUAAUUCAUAGCGGAGAGAAACCCCACAAAUGUGAAGAAUGUGGCAAAUGAGCCGCAAAGCUCACUGAACAUAAGUUAAUUCAUACUGGAGAAAAACCCUACAAAUGUAAAGAAUGUGGAAAAGCUUUUCACCGAUACUCAAUCCUUAGUACACAUAAGAAAAUUCAUACUGGGGAGAAACCCUAGAAAUGUGAAGAAUGUGGAAAAGCCUUUAACCGGUCCUCAACUCUUACUACACAUAAGAUAAUUCACAGUGGAGAAAAACCCUACAAAUGUGAAGAAUGUGGCAAAGCUUUUAACCAAUCCUCACACCUUAUGAGACAUAAGAAAACUCAUAGUAAAGAGAAACCCUACAAAUGUGAACAGUGUGGCAAGGUCUUUAAGAAGUCCUCGACUCUUACUGCAUGUAAGAUCAUACUGGAGAGGAACCUUACAAAUGUGAGGAAUGUGGCAAAGGUUUUAGCCAACUCUCAAACCUUACUAAACAUAAGAAGAUUCAUACUAGAGAGAAACCCUACAAAUGUGAAGAAUGUGGCAAAUCUUUUAACCAGUUCUCACUUGCUAUACAUAAUUCAUACUUGAAUGAAACCCUACAAAUGUGAACAAUGUGGCAGAUCUUUUAACCAGUUCUCAAACUUUACUAUGCAUAAGAAAAUUCAAACUGGAGAGAAACUCUACAAAUGUGAAGAAUGUGGCAAAGCUUUUAACCAAGUCUCAACACUUACUAUACAUAAGAUAAUUUAUACUGGAGCAAAACCUUGGAAAUUCAAAGAAUGUGGUAAAACUUACAAUCCUCAAAACUUUCUACACAUAAGAAAAUUCAUGUAGGAGAGAAACCCCACAAAUGUGAAAAAUUUUGUAAAUUCUUUAACCAGUCUUCAACCCUUUCUACACAUAGUAUAAUUCAUACUGGAGAGAAACCCCACAAAUAUGAAGAAUGUGGUAAUGCUUUUAACCAAUUCUCAAAUCUUACUAAACAAAAGAAGAUUAAUACUGAAAAUGUUACAAACCAGAAAAAUGUGACAAUGAUUUUAACAAAACCUUCAAAUUUUUCUAAACAUAAAGGAAAUCAUACUGGGAAGAAAUUAUAAAAAUGUGAAGAAUGUGACAAAGCCUUUAAAUGGUUGUCACACUUGAUUGUAGGUAAGAUAAUUCAUACUGGUGGAAACUCCCAGAAGUGUGAAGCAUAUGGCAAAACUUUAAUUCCUAUACCUUAUUGCACAGGAAAGCAUUUAUACUUCAGAAAAUAUUGUACUGAUAUAAAGAAUGUGGAAAAGCCAUUAAUAUGUGCUUACAUCUUAUUCAACAUUAGAGAGUUAGUACUUAAUAAAAGCAUUAUAAAUGCAAUUACUGUCAAAAACUCAAAGUAUAAGGUUUUUGUUUUAGUGUGUUUUGUUUUGUUUUGUUUUUAAAUGAGACUACGUAAUACUCUUUCCCAGGCUGGAGUGCAGUGGUGCAAUCUUGGCUUACUGUAACCUCUGCCUUCCAGGUUCAAGCAAUUCUCCUGCCUGGGCCUCCAGAAUAGCUGGGACUACAGGCAUGUGCCAUCACACCCGGCUAAGUUUUGUAUUUUUUAGUAGAGACAGGGUUUUAAACUGUGUUGGCCAGGCUCAUCUCGAACUCCUGACUUGAAAUGAUCCACACACCUCUGCCUCCCAAAGUGCUGGAAUAACAGGUGUGAGCCACUGUGCCCAGCCAAUAUAAGCCUUUAAAGUAAAAAAAGAGUUUUUAUUUUGAAGACAAACAUUAAAAACAUAAAGAGGGUUGUAGUGCCUGCCUUACUUGUAUCACAGAUCUUAUUGUACACAUUUUGUAUCACAAGCAGUUGCUCAAACUUCGUUCAACAUCAGGGAAUUUAUAUCGGAGAAAAACUACAAAUGUAAUACAUUUCAAAAAUUUUUCAAAAACUACAUCUUAGAAAACACCAGGGGGUGCAUACUAAACUAUAUUUUUCCAGAUGCAGUAAAUAUAAAAAAAAAUUCAAAAAUAAGUCUACGUAAGUAUCAGAGAAUUCACAGUAAAAAUAUCUAAGGCACUGACACUUCAAACAUUGCACUAAGUAAAUGUGCUGAGUAUACAAAAUAACCCAAAACUAAAGUGGGUAGAUAAAUUAUUUGUAUAUAACUUUAAAAGAAGUAGAAAUAUUUUUGCAGAGUUACAAUUACAUUCAAAGUAUACUUUUUUCCUUGAAAAAAAUUGCAGAAUUUAUGAAAAGUGAAUAAUGAUCUAAUUCAACUCAAAUUACUUCAUGCUUUUCAUUCCUGUUGCAUUCACUAGUGAAAGCAUGUGAUCAAUUGUUGCUGCAUCGAAGGUAUGAGAGAUUCUUUUUUGUUAUGUCGAUAUUGUUUUUGAAUUUUUCUAUGGAAGAGUAAAGACAUUACAAUGUAGGAUGCAUGACAAAAGUCUAAGUGGAGAGGCUGUUUGUGUUUAAUUUAUAAUAUUGAGUGAUGUAUGAGGUAAGUGUUCAGAGUAGUAUUCUUCUGUGUUAUACUCCAAACAAAAUAAUUUUAGUUAAAAUUAAUUAGUAUAUAAUUUUACUAAUUGUACUUUUAUGUAAUAAAAUGCAGUACAGUUUUAAAGAUUUAGAUUAUUAUAAACUUAAUUUUUUAAUUAAAAUUUUAACAUAAGACCACUGUGCAUUCAAUAAAGUAUUAUUAUGCCACUAACUUUUACCUGUCCUACCUUACUCAAGGGUGUAGGUCAAAGAUGGUAACAAUAGACUAUUUGAUAACAUAAUGGACUAACAGCUCCAGUAAUUUAUUUUGCCAGUGGCUUCAAACUGCAAAUAAAUUAAUGAAUAUUGUUCCCAUUGAUUAAAUUUUUAUUUAUAAUUUAAACUUAUUUUUCUCAAUUUUUGUGCGUACAUAGUAUCUGUUUAUAUUUAUGUCAUACAUGGCAUUUUUUGAUACAGUCAUAUAAUUUAUGUAUUAAUCAGAUAAGGGCAAAUGAAGUUUCCAUCAACUCUAUCUAGCAUUUAUCUUUUGGAUUACUAACCCAUUCUACACUUUUACUUACUUUAAAAUGUAAAAUAAAUGCUGUUGACUACAGGGUCAUUUUUAUGAGUAAAAUAAAAAUUAUUUACAAAUAUAAAUAAAAUCCUGAGUCUUAAAAUUCUGAGUUCUGCUUAAACAUUUAAAAAAAUUUGUUAUGUAUUUUUCUUUGAACAUGUGGUCUCUCUCUGCCUGCAAACAUACAGAAUUUUAGUUUUGAUUUACAUAAAAUUAGCUAUGCAUAUAUGUUACUGUAAAAAUAAACCUUAGGUGCAAGAAAAUUAUAGAGUAUGUAUGAGUAUGAGUUUGCACCUAUUUUCAGAAGAAUAGAGCAAUAUUGUAACAAAACAAAUAUUUUAAGAAGGUGACUUAUUAACUGAAACCGAAAACCUCAAAAAUGCUGAAAGCAAAUCUAUACUCUGCUUUUUUUAAAAUUUAUUACUGUAAAAUCUUCUGACUUAGGGUUCAGAACCUCCCCAUGAAAAAUUUCUGUUUUUCCUUGCCUAGUACUCAUGCUAGACCUAUAAUUUUCUUGUCUCUUAUGAUUUUUUCUUUUAUAGUUUAUGAGGUAUUCAUUAUGUGAGCUGGUCAUGACUAAUAACGAUUUUUAUAAAAUUUAGUGCACACUGAACAAUUUUUAGAUGUAUUUCCAAAAUUGUGUAGUUUAUUAGGACAUUCGAUUUUUUCUUUUAAUUGGAGAAUUCUACAUAAGCCUGUAUUUUUUAACUUUUUUUGUUCUCAUUAUAAUUGACAUAAGUAUAUUUAUUGAGGCAAUUUGUUCAGAUAAGAACUAGGGAUGCUUCAUAAGUCAUGAUGUUUUUUAAUAUAUAAAUGUGGCGAACAAACAUGACAGUGCUUGCUGUGUAGCAGAUGCUCCAUGAUAAGCCAUAAAUAUUCCUGCUAGAGUUAGUUUGUAAGUUCAAGUCGGAGAGGGAAAAUAUCAAUAGUGAAGAAAUAACAUUGAUUCUUCGUGUGGAGAUAACAAUUGUUUUCAUGCUGCAAAGCUAAAUAUUGCUGAACCUAAAGAGAAACUCUGUUUCUUUUAUUUCCUAAUUAUCUUUAGUUUUGUUUGUCUUAUUAUGUGUCUUCUGUGUAUUCAUCACAGCCCUUCUCCCCUUUUUCUAUGUGAUUGCUACAGUUUUCUCAUUGUCUUCAUGCCAUGUCAUUUUACAUGGUACUUUGUAGGUUUUGAUGAGAAAGUUGGUGUUUUUAAUGCACUCAAAAAUUGGUUUUAGUUAGAGAAUUUGCUUAUCAAUAUAACUUUCAGAUCAGUUAAUUAAGAUAAAAGGCAUAUGCUGUCCAUAGAUCAGAGGAUUAAAUAACUUAGCAUUGUUUUUCUCUGUUUGUAAACGGAAAAUCUUAUUAAAUUCUUACACAAAGUGUGACACAUUUAAUAUUUGCUAGAAAAUGCAUCUUAGAAAUUAAAUUAUGAAGAGUUAAUGGUGAGGAAUUUUAAAUUUAAUGUUCUAUGAUAUAGCACAACACAGAUUUAUUUAUUUACUUAUUUAUUUAUUUAUUUAUGAAACAGAAUCUUGCUCUGUCACCCAGGCUGGAGUGCAGUGGCGCAAUCUCGGCUCACUGCAACCUCCGCCUCUUGGGUUCAAGCAAUUCUCCUGCCUCGGCCUCCCUAACAGCUGGGAUUGCAGGUGCCUGCCACCACACCCAGCCAAUUUUUGUAUUUUUAGUACAGACGCGGUUUCACCAUGUUGGCCAGGCUGGUCUCGAACUCCUGACCUCGUGAUCUGCCCUCCUCAGACUCCCAAAGUGCUGGGAUUAUAGGCGUGAGCCACUGUGCCCUGCUGAAUCUUUUAUUGUUAAGUGUGAAUGUUAAAGGUUGCAAAAUAAUAAAAUGACCUCUGUGGAUUUGAAAUUUGGAAUAAUAUUUCUUGUCCAUAUUGAUAUUACAACUCAGAGGAAUUUCACCCUGUUAUUUUAUGUGUCUUUUUAGUGAGUGAAGGUCAGUGUACAGUUUAUAUUCUUAGUCACCUGUCGUCAACUUCUUGGUCAUUUUCUCUGGAAAAAUUCUGGAGAUUAUGGCAACUUUUAGAUUAUUUUGUGUUAUUUUUUAUGCAAACUUGUUUAUUGUGUUCCCAGAAUGGCCAGUCACAGGUCUAUAAGCAACACCUGCCAUUUUAGUGUCUUCCAUAUCAUCACUAUCUGUAAUAAAUAAAUGUGUAUUUAUUUUGUAAAAUAUAAUAUUUGGAAGUAUAUAUACAUUGUCAAAUGCUUAAUUCUAGGUAGUUACCUCACAUAGUUAACAUUUUUAUGGCAAGAGCAUGUGACAUUGUCAGCAUUUUUCAAAACUACAAAUACAUUAUUUUGAUCUAUAGUCACUAUGCUGUACAAAAAAACUUGAACUUAUUCUAUUAACUAUAAUUAUGUAUUUUUUGAUCAACAUCUUUUCAAACCCUCCUUUCUCCUAAAUAACUUGUGUCUGGUGGUCACCUCUUCAAUAAGAUUUUAGAAUCCUUUUGUAAGUGAAAUCAUGAAAUAAUAAUCUUUGUGCCUGGCUCAUUUCGACAAAUAUAAUGUUUUCCUCCAGGUUAAUUCGUGUGAUUGAAAAUAAUAAAAUUUCCUUCUUUAAAGAUGAAUAGUAUUCCAUUGUGUGUAUAUACCACAUUGUCUUUAUUUACUCAUUAAAUGUUGAAACCACUGAUUCUAUAUUUUGGUAAUUGUGAAGAGUGUUGUAAAAAACAAGCAUGUUUCUUCAUUCUGAUUUCAUUUGUUUUGGAUGUAUAACCAAUAAUAAAAUUGCUGUAUUUGGUGGUUU